UUUGAGUAUCAUUUGAGUGUCUUUCAAGUUUAUCCUGCUGAUCUGCAGUAUCGCCGCCGAGUCCCCGCAAAAUCUGACCCCGCCACUUCUCACUGCCAAGCAAGUGCACGAGGAAUCACGCAAUCGCAGAACACAGUCCCAACAUGGUCAAGCUUGAGCAUACCGUCCGGAAGCCUUUAAAUCGAGAGCCGCCGCUCGAAAAGCUCAUCUCCAGUUUCAUCACCGAAGAGGGCGGCUAUGACCGGAACCAUGGUCCGAUCCCAUAUCUGGAUGCCUCAACUCACCGCGUCGCCAUCUACGGCGCCGUUACUCAGCAAGAAUUCUCCAUCGGCCAGCUCUCCUCACUUCCCCAGCACACCGUAAUCUGCGCCCUCCAAUGCGCCGGCAACCGCCGCCACACGAUGCGCACCAAGCUCAAGGAAGUCAACGGCAUCGACUGGUUCGACGGCGCCGUGAUGAACUGCCGCUGGCGCGGCCCCCGCCUGCGCGACGUCCUGCUGCGCUCCGGCAUGGACCUCCCGCGCGAGAAGUGGAAGGACGCCCACGUCGCCUUCGCCUGCUUCCAGACGCCCUGCCAGGACGACGAGUACUACGGCGGCAGCAUCCCGCUCGAAAGAGCCAUGCAAGAGGACGCCGACGUGAUUCUCGCGCUGGAGAUGAACGGGCGGCCCCUGACGCCGAACCACGGCUUCCCUGUGCGCGUCGUCACGCCGGGCAUUGCGGGCGCGAGGUCGGUCAAGUGGCUGGACCGGAUUACGGUACAGCUGUGUGAGUCGUCGAACUUUUACCAGCAGCGUGAUUAUAAGAUUCUGCCGGAGGAGGCGGACUGCGUUGAGAAAGCUAAGGAGUGGUGGGACAAGUGUCCGUCGAUUGUGGAUAUGCCUGUUAACUCUGUCAUUGCGGUGCCAGCCUCUGAGAGCACGGUGAAACGUGAUGAGAAUGGAGUGGUCUAUGUUAAGGGGUAUGCACUUCCGAGCGGACAGGACGGCCCUGUGACGCAAGUUGAGGUCAGCGCGGAUGGCGGCAAGACUUGGGUGCUGGCAGAGUUAGCCCAAGCCGAGUCUCCGGAAAAAGGGGUGAGCUUGAAAUGGUCGUGGACGCUGUGGCAAGCGAAGGUGAAGCCGGAACCUGGCACAGGAAAGAAGUUUUUGAGUCGGGCUAUGGAUAAGGGUGGCAAUGUGCAAGCGCCGUGUCCGAAGUGGAACUUGAGGGGAGUUUCCUACAACGGCUAUGGUGAGUCGGAGAAUGUUGAAGUCAUAUGACCUUCUUGUCGUCUCUUUUAGCUGCAUUUGCAUUUUCGAAUAGGUUAAGUAACUUGAAGCUUGUCAAGCGGUAUGUCAUCAUUGGUAUCCAAUCUUUCAAUGGCUCUCCCUUUAUGAUGACAUUGCUAAGAACAAGCUACCUCCAAACUGGUUUCGAUACCAAGCGGCAAAUGUAAAGAGUGCGCUUGGUUUUUCAGAUUUCAUUGUCAUCUCACAAGAUUGGUGAUGCUCAUAUCAUCUCUUAAAGAUCUUAAAAAGCAAAAAGAAAACUCCCC